UAAGGGGGCGGGCGGGCGGUCGGGGUGAAGCCGAGACCAACCGUUCGCAGAAUUAACAGCAAAUUUCUGUAGGAACCAUGAGCCUUGUUCUUCAUGAGCUCCUCCUAUGCUGUCGGCAGUUUGAAAGUGAAAAAGCUGCAGAGAGAAAGAAAGAAGUUGAUAAAUUCAGACGACUUAUUCGGACACCGGAAACGAUAGAGCAGUUGGAUCGAAAUUCUGAGUCGAGACAUUCAAAGCAGUUAAACUGGGAUACUGUUUUUAGGUCUUUACAGAGGUAUAUCCAAAAAGAGACGGAAUGUCUUCAGGCAGCCAAAGUCAGCUUGUCAGCUGCUACCCAAGCCAACCGGCAGAAGAAGAUGCAGGAGAUCAGCAGUCUGUUAAAAUACUUUAUCAGAUGGGCGAAUAAAAGAGGACCACGGCUGAAAUGCCAGGACCUGUUGAAACACAUCAUGGAUAUUCUGCAGGAUAAAUUUAGCUGUGCUGCCUAUGGAACAGACUAUAGUAGCAUUCUGCUGAAGGAUAUGCUCUCUGUCAGAAAAUAUUGGUGUGAAAUUUCCCAAGAACAGUGGUCAGAUUUAAUAACCUUAUACUUCAAGAUGCAUCUGAAGCCAUCUGGAAAUACCAACCGCGUCCUUGUGGCCAGAAUAAUUCAUACUCUCGUCAGAGGCUGCUGUAUCCAGUCCAAGGGCCUGACGUCCAAACUGUUUGAGUUUUUUUCAAAAGCAAUGCAAAGUGCAAGGCAGGAGCAGGUUUUCGCUGUUUUGGAGCACAUCAUGGCAGCCCUCAAUGUCUUUCUGAACGUGUGUGCUAUGAACUGUCGUAUCCGUUUGUGCAAACUGGGGGAGGAGAUCUUCCCAACAUUGCUGUAUAUUUGGACCCAGAAGCGGCCCCAGGAUUCACUGAAGGAGGAAAUCGUUGAAUUUUUUCGAUUGCAACUUCAUGCCCAUCACCCAAAAGGAGCCAGAAGUCAGGAGAAAGGUGCCUUUGCAGCUGACUGGCCAAAGUGGCAGUCCCUGCUUUACAAUCUAUAUGAUACUCUGGUCAGUGAAGUGAACCACAUAGGGAGCAGAGGCAAGUACUCCGCGGGAUCGCGCCAUGUGGCUGUCAAGGACAACUUGAUCGAUCUGGCUGCUGAUAUCUGCCAUCAGUUGUUCAAUCAGGACACCAGAGUCUUUGUGCAGUCAGUAAUGGAGAUUGAUUCUACUCAAAGCGCCUCUCCUCAGGGGACACCAAGCAAGCGUCGGCGUAUUGAACUGGGAUGGGAAGUGAUACGAGAAAAUCUACAAAAAUCCCAAAGUGACUUUGAUAUGAUACCGUGGUUACAGAUCACCACAACUUUGAUUGCAAAGUAUCCCUCAGGGGUGCCAUCCUGCGAGCUUGUUCCCAUUCUGACUGUAUUGCACCAGAUCCUUUCCCAGCAGAGACGUGGAGAAAGGACUCCUUAUGUGCUGUGGUGUCUCAGUGAAAUGGCCACAUGCCAGCAACUCAAGUCAGACCUGAGACCUGCACAGAGGCUCGACCUGCAGAAACUCUGGGCCAAGAUCUGGAUCAUUACACUUCGGUGCAUUAGCUCCCAACAGACUGAGAUUCGUGGCUUUUGGCUGUUGGGGGCCAUUCUUCAGGGAGGCCUGACUGUCCCAGACAAAGAUUUCUGGAAAAUCUUUUCAGGAUCCACAUGUAAACCAUCCAGUGCUGCGGCUGAAUGCCUCUUGCAGGCAUUGAUAAAAUACACCCUGCCGGAACUGAUGGAAGGAAUUGGCGAGUACAGUGCAGAUGAUAAUGGGACACAACCUCUCCGUGAGGCAAUAAUGAGGUGGUUAUUGACGUAUUGCCCAGAGGAGGACAUGGAGGAAAAUGCAGAGCUUCCGUCUGUUGUCAGCAGGGAUUUUCCAAAUCAGCUGGUCUCGCAGAUCCUGGUCGGGCUCACACUAAAGGAUUGUAGAAUUGGAAUGGCUUUCCUUCAGUCUUCAUCUGCAGAGAGUGUGCCACCAGGAGAGGGUCCUGCUCGAGACAGCCGAGGAGGCAUCAUCUUCUCGGAGAUUGAACAUCUUUUCCUACAAACCACAUUCGAUGCCACUCCAAACUAUGCAAGUAGUGCGGUGGCUGUUAGGGGCAAGGGAACUGUGACAUCAAGGAUAAGCGUGAAACAUGUAUUGAAGGAAAAACUAGAAGAAUAUCUCUUAGCCCUGGUUGAACGACUCCAUUCCACUGAGGCGGUGCCUCCAGAGUGUCUGGUUCGCUGUGCAGACCUCAUCACCGGUGUCCUCCGCUAUUACUGUGACAUUGAUGUGAUUGCCGAUGAAGAUGUGUGCACAUCAGCACUAUUUCAGAAAGCUAAGUCUCUUAUGCUGGAUGCUGGCGAAUGCAUUUCUACAGCUAGAAAUAAAUUCAAUGAAGAAUCAAAGCUGGCCUCUCUGAGAAUCUUGGUUACAUUGUGCACAAACUGUUUGCACUCUCACUCCAAGUACUGGAUGAAAAGGACCUCAGCUUCCCUUUUCCUUCAAUUAUUCCCUGCAAGUUUCAUGAAUAACCUUGUGGAUGUUUGCAAACAACUGGCAGCCCACUCUAGAAAAUCUAAUGAUGACAGUGAGACAAGGGAUGAUUUUGAAGAGAGUUUCAUGGAAGUGAAUGAACAAGGAUCCCGGGAUAUCUUCAGUGAUGAUCACAGAAGAAACCUUGAAGCUGGUGAUUAUGGUGACACGGCAGAUUCCACGGUUGGAAUAGGAGCAAAGAGCAUUUUAGCUGAAGAGAAUCUAACUAAGCAUGAUGUCCUCCUGCUUGAUGCUGUCCGGUUUCUUUGCUGUUGCACUGCAGCGGGACAGAAGUAUGUUUUGUCUUUCCGCCCUGGUGAUAUACAGAGAAAGCUGCUGGUAUUGAUUCAGGAGCAUGAUCUCCAGGCCCCAAAGUCUUUGUACUUGCACAUGUACUUAAUACUUCUGCAAGAGCUCCCUUCUGAAGAAAGCAUCAUACCUGUGAACGACAUCUCAAUGCUUCUGAAACAACUCUUGGAUGUGUGUUCUUUCUAUCGUUCUGAUCAGGAGGUUUGUUCAGCGGUUUUGACGCACCUUCUUCCAUUGCUAAAAGCACAGGGUAUCGAUUCUGAUGAAAUGGCUGAUGUUCAGGGAAAAUUACUGAAGGCAAUAGGAGCAUUUUGUCAUCUAAGCAAGGAAGGCAAAUGUAAUGCACAAGUGAGAGCUGCUCUAGUCAGAUGCAUGACGGCAUUACUGGAGACCGAUCCACAUUCCAAGUGGACCACACUUCUCGUCCGAAAUGAAGAACUGUCUGUAUCUGAAGUCUAUUCAGAGUUUUUGGCAGACUCACAUCACCAGGUUCGGAUGCUCGCUGCCAUGUCCGUCAACAGGCUUUUUCAGGAAGUCCAGUUGCGUGACUCAGUGCAGCUGAAGGCACUUCCUAUCAAGCUGCAGCAAAAAGCCUUUGAAAAUGUGUAUCUGAAGGUGCAAGAAGGAAUGAAACUCCAGAAUUAUGCGACCCAAGAAGAGUUUCAGGAUGAAGAAUGUAACAGAAGAGCUACUUUGCUGGUGCUAAUUUCAUCCAUCAUCUGCUGCAGUCCUGUUUGUGAAAAACAAGCUUUGUUUGCUAUCUGUCAGUCACUAAAGGAGAACAAACUGGACCCUAAACUUGUUAAAAAGGUUCUUGAGACGUUGUCCACACGUUUGACCUAUAGGAGUUUGGAAAAUUUCAUAGUUUCCCAUUUGGAUUAUCUUAUUCAUGAAUGGCUGAAAAUGGGCUACAGCUUGCCUACAUUCCCUUAUGUCUUGCUGAACUGUUCCAGUCUGAAGGAAUUUUACAGGUCCUACUACAAGAUCCUUGUCCCACACCUGACAAUUGUUGGUAAUUUGGAGGAAGUGAAGUCCAUUGGUGUGCAGAUCAAGAGGGAAUGGAAAGAAAUGCUGGCUGAUUGCCUUCCAAAGAUCAUGGUUAACAUCCUACCUUGCUUUGCGUACCAAGGUAGAGAUGGAUCUGGGAAUGACACUUACACGGCUCAGCAAAGAGAAAAUGCAUCCAAGGUUUUCGACAUGCUAAAUGACGACCAUUGCUUAGGGAAGCAGAACAUUGACCAAUUGAGUCACAACAACCUACCAGAGAUUGUGGUGGAGCUGCUCAACACCUUGUAUGACUCUCCUGACCAAGAGGCAGCAGAAGAUGCGGAGCUGGUGAGGUUUGCUGGGGCACUGGAUCCUGCUCCCAAUCCACCUUACUUUCCGUCCUCCGUGAUCUUAGCUGCGUUUGAUUACAUCAGUGGCUGCCAUAAAGAAAAGCUGAAGUCACUUGUUGCAAUUAUUUCAAAAACUCCAGAUUCGAUCCAGAAGAUCUUGCUAGCAAUUUGUAGGAAGGCAGUGGAAACGAGCAGUGCCUAUGAAAAGCACCGGAUAUUGAGGAUGUAUCGCUUGUUUGUGAACUUGCUGCUGAAGGCGAUAAAGUACGGGGGGCUGGGAGGAACCUGGGCAUUUGUUCUGCGAGAUGUUAUCUACACACUUAUCCACCACAUCAACAGCCGGCCAUCACACAUGGAUGAUGUAUCUGCACGUAGCUUUUCUUUGUGUUGUGACCUUCUAAAUGUCACCUGUCAUACUGCAGUGGAACACUGUGGAGAUGCUCUUGAGAGUCACCUUCAUGUUAUUGUGGCCACACUUGCACCUCUGGUCCAAGAGCAAGCAGAGGUUCGGCAGCAGGCCCUCGAGUUGCUGAGGUACCUAGUGAUAACAAACCAAGACAAUGAGAACCUCCACCAUGCUAUCAAGCGGUUGGAUCCCUUUCCUGACCUGCCUGAGUUUCGUGAGCUGCGUUUCACUCAGGAGAAGAUCAAGUACAGCAAGGGACGGUUCACCUUGUUGAAAGAGAUCUGUCAUUUCCUUUCAGUCAGCUCAUGUGAUUCCUUACCAUUGACUAGACUUGAAGGAUUAAAUGAUCUGAAAAAGCAACUGGAACAACACAAACAAGAUAUUAAACAGUUGUUGAAAGAGUGUCAAGAUAACCCAGAAUCCAGCAUCCUGGUGAGACUAGUUGUGAAUCUGUUGCAGUUGUGCAAAUCUGCUAUCAAUCACCCAGCCGGAAAAGACAUACUAGAGGCUGCUGGAAGUUGUUUGGGAGAAGUGGGUCCAGUUGACUUUUCCACAAUCGCUUUACAGCACAAGAAGGAUGAGCUUCAUUCCAAGGCAAUGGAAGUCUUCAAAGAAAAUAAAUUUCAAUUGAUUUUCAUUCUCCUAAACGUCAUUAAUAAUGCACUGAUAGAUCAGGGUAUUGAAGUUCGCUUUGCGGCAGCUACAUGUGCAAAGAAUAUUCUCGCUACCCAGUCUGGUCACCAAUUUUGGGAUCAGAGUAAAACGGAUCCCAAUGGUCCAGAUCCAAUGUUAAUGUAUUUACAGCCAUUCCGAACAGCCAAAAAGAAGGUUCACAACUUGCCAUCAGCGGAAAGUCCUGAGCCUCCACAUACCCUUGACGACAGCACUUUGUGGAUACCGCAGAGUGGGUGCCAUGAGAGCUGGCUAAAAACAUUGACUUGCUCCCUGCUGGACAGCGGAGGUGUAAUAAGUGAAGGUCUGAGGUUAAUCAAGCCAAUGUGUGAGGUGAAGACUGAUUUCUGCCAGCUGGUUCUUCCGUAUUUGAUCCAUGAUAUUCUCCUUCAUGACAGCCAUAGCUCCUGGAGAGUGCUGCUGUCUAAGCACAUUCAAGGCUUUUUUAAUGCCUGCUGCCGAAUGGGAUCGAGCUCCAGCCGGUCCACUACACCAGCCAUUGUUGACUCAGAAACUGAUAGCCUCCCCCAUGGGCAUUUGGACAAAAUAUCUCGGCGCACCAUGCUGGCUGUGGUCGAUUACUUGCGAAGACAAAAAAGGCCUCAAGAAGGGCAACAGCUCAAUACUGAAUGGGACAACAACUUCUGGCUGGAGUUGAAUUACGUGGAGGUUGCUUUGACAGCCCAGACGUGUGCUGCACAUUUUACAGCCCUGCUUUAUGCUGAAAUCUAUACGGAUAAGGUUAGGUCAGAAGAAGAAGAAGAGUUUAAAAGGACUGCCUUCAAAGCGUCGCAUAGAAUAACAUUUGAUGAGGCCAGCCAAGAGUUGACUGUAUCUAGUCUGAGCAGCAAAAGCAAGGAAGAAACAGGAAUCGGUUUACAGGAGCUCCUGAUUGAUGUGUACAGAAGUAUAGGAGAACCCGAUAGUUUGUACGGUUGCGGUGGAGGGAAGAUGUUGCAGCCUCUCGCCAGAAUUCGAACAUAUGAACAUGAAGCACUGUGGGACAAAGCCCUUGUGACGUAUGACAUUGAGAUGAAUCUCCCUGACUACACUAGACAGGCUGGGAUUAUACAGGCACUGCAGAACUUCGGACUCUGCCAUACUCUUACUACCUAUCUAAAGGGACUUGAAGCUGAAAAUUCAGAGUGGUGUGAAGAGCUACAAGAAAUCCGCUUUCAAGCUGCCUGGAGAAACAUGCAGUGGGACUGUAUGUUUUCCAAUAGAGAUGAGACCACAGGCCCCGGGUAUCAUGAAUCUGUGUACCAUGCUUUUCAAUCUCUAAAAGACCGAGAAUUCUAUGCUUUCUAUGAAGGCUUGAAAUUUGCCAGGAUGAAGGAAGUUGAAGAAUUAAGCAAGGGAAGCCUGGAAUCAGUUUACUCUCUGUACCCUGCACUGUGUAGACUGCAGAUGCUGGGCGAAUUAGAAACCAUUGGAAAGAUACUGCCCAGGCCUAUGACCGUUGAGACUUUGAACGAGGCUCGCAGAAGGUGGCAGACACAGCAACAGCUUCUGAAAGACAGUGACUUUACCUUCCAGGAGCCUAUUCUGGCCCUAAGGACAGUGGUUCAGGAGAUGCUCAUCAAAAUGGAAGUGAAUGCUUCACGGAAAGAACUUAUUCAAGAAAUUUUGAUGGAACAUUUGCUUGAAAUGGCAAAAUUAGCACGUGCAGCAAGGAAUACACAGCUGGCAGAGAAAGCCAUCUUCCAGAUCAAGCAACACAAUCCCAUUGGGUUUGGCAUCUCCACCUGGCAACUGGAAGAAGCCCAGGUUAUUUGGGCUAAACGGGAGCAGAAUCAAUCCCUUGACAUUCUCAAACAGAUGAUUGCUGAGCUGGAGGUACAUUCUCUGAUCCGCUUCAGCUCUGAUGUCCCGCUGUAUGUGGAGUGUCUGCGACUGUGUGGAAACUGGUUGGCAGAGACCUGUUUGGAAAGUCCUGGGACCAUCAUGCAGAAGUACUUAGAAAAGGCUGUGGAAAUUGCUCUGAGUCACAGUGAACAACACAAGGACGCUGUUCAGAGUGGCAGGAUGGAAGCAUUCUUAUCUCUGGCACGUUUUUCAGAUGCCCAGUAUCAGAGUAUUGAUAAUUAUAUGAAAUCGUCUGAGUUUGAAAACAAGCGUGCCCUCCUCAAAAAUACCAAGAAAGAAAUCCGUCUGAUGAGAGAGCACAAAGUUCAAGCAAACCGGUAUGUGGUGAAGGUGCAGCGGGAAUUUGAGAUAGAUGAACGUGCAAUUUGCGCACUGCAGGAAGAUCGUAAAAAGUUCCUUUGCAAAGCAGUGGAGAAUUACAUCAGCUGCUUACAAAGUGGAGAGGAGCAUGACAUGCGCGUUUUCCGGCUGUGCUCCCUGUGGUUAGAAAACUCUGCUGUUCCUGAAGUCAAUAGCAUGAUGAAGAAAGGUAUAGAAAAGAUUCCAUCUUACAAGUUUUUACCUUUGAUGUACCAGCUGGCUGCUCGAAUGGGGACAAAAAUGCCAGGAGGAGAUGUAUUUCACGAUGUUCUGAAUAUGCUAAUUGUCAAAACUUCACUGGAUCACCCUCAUCACACUUUAUUCAUUAUCCUGGCCUUGUCCAACGCAAACAAAGACGACAUCCUAGGAAAACCUGAAGUACCGACGAGGAGCAGAUUAGGGAAAUCCUUGCCUAAGGAUAUCUCCAACCUGGAUCAGGAGAGAAUUUAUGCUGCCAGCAAAAUUAUAAACAUAGUCCGAAAAUCUAAAGGGAAAAUGGUGAAGGACCUUGAGAGACUGUGUGAUGCCUACAUUACCCUGGCAAACAUGGACGCCAGCAAAUGGAAGCAGGAAAGGAAAGGCAUUGACAUUCCUCCAUCGCAGCCCAUCACAAAACUAAAGAAUCUUGAUGAUGUUGUUAUUCCAACCAUGGAGAUCAAGGUGGAUCCAUCUGGAAAGUAUGAAAAUCUGGUAACUGUGAAAUCAUUCAAGUCUCAGUUUCGCUUAGCAGGAGGAAUGAAUCUCCCCAAAAUCAUCGAUUGUGUGGGGUCAGAUGGAAGGGAAAGACGGCAGCUGGUCAAGGGUCGUGAUGACCUGCGCCAGGAUGCUGUGAUGCAACAGGUUUUCCAGAUGUGUAAUGCACUUUUGAAAAAGAACACAGAUACUAGAAAGAGGAAGCUGACUAUCCGUACAUACAAGGUUAUUCCUCUUUCUCAGAGAAGUGGCUUUCUCGAAUGGUGUGCAGGCACCGUGCCCAUUGGAGAAUACCUCGUCAAUGCAACAGAAGGAGCUCACAAGAGGUAUCGACCAAAUGAUUGGAGCAGCAUGGAGUGCAGGAAACGAAUGACUGAUGUACAGAAACUGAGCUUUGAAGGGAAAUAUAAGGCCUUCAUGAGUGUUUGCAAGAACUUCCGGCCAGUAUUCCGACAUUUCUGUAUGGAAAAAUUCCUGGAUCCAGCUGUUUGGUUUGAAAAACGCCUUGCUUAUACUCGAAGUGUGGCCACUUCUUCGAUAGUUUGCUACAUUGUUGGUCUUGGUGACCGACACGUACAAAACAUCCUUAUUGAUGAAGAAUCAGCUGAGCUUGUGCAUAUUGAUUUAGGAGUUGCAUUUGAGCAAGGAAAAAUCCUUCCUACUCCGGAGACCGUCCCAUUCCGAUUAACCAGAGACAUUGUGGAUGGAAUGGGCAUCACUGGUGUGGAAGGUGUUUUCAGAAGGUGUUGUGAGAAGACAAUGGAGGUUAUGAGAAAUUCCCAGGAAGCUUUACUAACCAUUGUAGAGGUCCUGUUAUACGACCCUCUCUUUGACUGGACCAUGAAUCCUUUGAAAGCACUUAAUUUGCAGCAGAGACCUGAAGAGGAUGCAGACAUCCAUUCGACACUGCACACCACUAUGUCUGGAGAUGACACUGAAUGUGACCCAAACAUCACCGAUGUCCAGAGCAUCAACAAAGUGGCAGAGCGCGUGCUUCUGAGACUGCAGGAGAAGCUCAAGGGAGUUGAGGAGCGUGCAGUCCUCAGUGUGGGAGGGCAGGUGAAUCUCCUCAUACAGCAGGCCAGAGAUCCCAAAAAUCUCAGCCGCCUCUUCCCGGGCUGGCAGCCCUGGGUAUGAAUCACAAAGGAAGAAAAUGCCCAUUUGGUGCAAAAGACAACAUCUGUUAAAUUCAUAGCUUAAAUACAAAAACUGUACAUACGUUUGCAUUUGGUGUAUUAUAUGUUUGGAUUAGAAUCCUGUAUGACCCUUGUUAAGAUAUAGUCAUAUGAUAUAAAGUUCAUGGCUGUCGAACCUUCUUCUGAAAGAAAUGAGGUAGAAUUCUCGAUGACCUGGAUCCUAGAAAAUAAAGGUAAUAAUAAUCCUUGCAUUUGAUAUAGCGCUUUUCACAUCUUCUAG